CCGAGUCAUAUGGAUGUCUACGGCAAUAUUUUGAGGCGUCUUCAUACUUUUUUCUCACAAGAGAAGGGUGUCAAGCAUGCUAUGUAUUUAAGGAAGUCAGUUCUGCAUCGCAUGACAAAAGCUACUGGUCUAUCGUCUUUCAGGAUUAAAAAUUUACUGUCAAAAAAGAAGAAAACACCAACACCAAAGAAUAAUCAAAGGCAAAACUGUAUUCUGAACUCCUCUAAUCUGGAAUUAAUACGCUGUAAAGUGGGUGAUUUAUAUAGAAGUGGAGAGUAUGUUACACUUACGAUUUUAAGAAAGGUGCUGGAAGAGAGUGGACUGAAAAUUGCGAAAGCAACACUGCACAGAGCAUUAAAGACUAUGGGCUUCAAGUGCAUGAACAUUAUCAGUAAGACGGACUGAUAAAGUGAUGUCAAGUUGUGGACUUUGUCCCAUACACUGGUUUGUGAGCCAUGAAUUUAAAGUCUGCUUCAAAAAGGAAACGUUCAAGUAUACCAGCGGAACAGAAACAAGAAAAAUCAACUCCUUUAAUUUUAUCUUACUUCAAGUCACACGAAAAGAAAACUUCACCUCGAAAAAUAGCUGACCAGAAAACCAGUUUAUUGAAACAUGCAUCAAGUGAUGAUGACGUAGAAAUUGUUUUGGUAGAAAAGAAGUCAAAAUAUUUUGAAUCGCCAAGAAGUAGGCAUGGCAGUACAGAUUUAUUGGAUAAUUCUGUUCAUGUUACUGAUGAUACAGCCAUUGCAGAAGGUCGAAAACCAAAACUGAGAAAACUUAGCCUGAGAAAAAGAUCAACUCAAACAGUGGAAUGUUCAAAAUCUGCAGUUCAAAAUAAUGAUGACAUCUGUAUUAUUACAAGAACUGAAGGUGUGAGUAGCCAGUCCAUUGAAGCAGUUGAUGUAAAUGAUGACAAUGCUAAGAUUAUGACUAGAAGUCAGUCUUGUAAAGUUUCUAACAGUUCAAAUAAACCAUUAAUGAAAAAAAAGCUGUCUUUGGGAAAACAAAAGGUUGGAAAAGAUGUUUUGACGGAAGUAAGCAAGGAUGCUUUGAAACUUGCUGAAAAUGCAUGCAGCAGACAAGCUUCUGUAACACCUAUUUCAAAAGUAAAUAAUCCGGGAAAAACCCAGAAUUACCACAAACAGUUGGACAAGGAUUCUUUGACGAAGACAGAACUUGAUGAUGAUGUCAUAGAAAAUGUAGACAGGUCUUCAACUAAGACAUUGUGUGUGUCAAGAGCUACUUGUGCAAAGUCACAGAAAAGACAAAACACUUCAAAUUUGUCAUCGGUAAGACACAAGAAAAGAGAAACUGAUGGUUUAAAUGAAAAGCUUGUCUUCCACAACACUCCUACCUCAAGCCAAAACUCUGGCAACAUCUCUUCUUCAGAUCAAGAGUUAAAAAAUACCCCAACCUCAAUCCAAGUCUUGAAUGACACUGCAAUAUCAAACCAAGAUGUUAGCAACACCUCUACCUCAAAUCAUGUCUUCAAUAACCAUCCAACCUCAAGCCAAGCAGACACCAAAGAUGAGCUUAUCAAAGAAGAAAAAAUGGAAACGGAAGAAACAAAAUACAGAAUUCCAUAUUACUUGGAAAACUUCCAGACAAUCCUGUCGGCUGUAUUGGAAAAUGAAGAUAACGAAUUACUGUUUGAUAAGAAAGAUCUGGAGACCAUUUCCUUGUUCAGCAGUCUUUCAGAUUUAUCUCAAAAGCUAUAUGUGCGGUUAUUCUCAAGAAAACUUGCUUGGUUACCGUUAUCAAAACUGAAAUAUUCAGAAAUUGCCAAUGACUUAACUGAUGUUCUUCAAGAGAUCAUUGAUGCAGAUCUGGCAGUAUCAGAAAUUGAACUGACUGAUCUUGAAAUGACGUUGAAAUCGCUACCUCUUCCUGAUCUGAAAAUAUUGUCCAAGUCGUACCAUCUGAAUGUGUCAUCUAAGACGCAGAUCGUGGAUGUUCUACUGAGGAAAAGCAAGCAGAGUACGAUCGGCACCAUGUUUGGGAUGAAGUCAGGUGCUCAUGAUCCGGCAGCCAUCAUGCUGGCUAGAGCAAAGAAGCUUCUGGGACGAAUGUUCCGAUUGCAGGAGGAGAGAAGGAAAGUGUUUGUCCGAGUUCUGAUGCUGUUUUCCGUUUUACAUUCAUCUGUAGAAGAUGACAGUGCUAAUGGAGGGCAGUCACAGCUAUACCAAAUGCUUCUGGUCAACAUGGGCAAGGUCGUUUAUCCCAAGUUUAAGGUCAACAGGCAGACGCAGCUAUUUUUGGACAGAGAGAGCUUUUUAAGAUUUGCCACAGCGAUGCAGUUUGAGAACGACCUGUCUCUGUGUGUGGAGAAGGCUGACUGGGCGGGGGCGUUUGAAGUGUUCAAGGCGGCAAAACAAGAAUAUGACGACCUUCAGAAACACAGCGACCUUGUCAGGUGGGAUUCGAAUCUUCCAUGUUUUCUGUGUCUGUGUUCCGCGGGGUUUGUCCUGGUUCGUGUUCUGAGUCAGGGGAUAGAGAUACUGCAGAGACAGAAAGACUACAGUGGCGCCAUCUCACUGAUACACCAACUCCUAGACCAGUUGGUGUACUGCUGUGAUUACCGUGGUUACUGGUGGGAAAGACUUGCUCUCAAUUUAGACGUGCAUCUUAAAAAACCUAAACAGGCACUGGGUGUUAUUAAAAAAGGUUUAUCUGAUGAGAAUGUGCACAUUGGCCACCGACUUGCCUUGUAUCAAAGAGCUGAGAAGAUCUGUAACACAGCCAGUCUGAACGUUCAGCACCGCUUGAAAGACUUUCAUCACGCUGAGCUUGUUGAGAUCCCAACGGUGACUAUUGAUGGACGAAUCAUGCCGCACACCGUUCCUGGUAUUAAAAACCAGUUUAUAACGGCUGGCUCGCACACAGACGAAAUCACCUGCUGUGGGGUGGAGCAGUUCGUACUGGACUAUUACAAGUGUAACGGCUACACAGACGGCCUGCAUGCCGAGGGUUCUGUUAUCAGCAGUCUGUUCUGCCUCUUUUUCUGGGACAUUCUCUUCAUGGACAUUCCGGAUGCGUUUCACAGCGCCUUCCAGACUCGGCCGCUCGACUUCCACUCAGAGUUGUUUUACACACAAAGAUGUGAGGCUGUUGAAGACAAACUGAGUGAAAUUACAGACAGCACUGAGGAGGAUCUUCACCGAAUGAUGUCUGAUGUUUGGACCAGCCAUGAUGGUGUCCUGUGUGCCGGGAUGAGCUGGGAUCGGUUCAGCAGUCUUGAACAUGUACAGGGACUUGUGAGCUGUAUCGGGGGUAAAACCCUGGCCGCUAUCUUAAGACGUUUUGUGACAAAUCCUCGACACACGCGCAGUGGAUUCCCAGACCUCACUCUGUGGAAUACAGACAGGAAAAUAGUCAAGAUUUGUGAAGUUAAAGGUCCGGGGGAUCGUUUGUCACACAAACAGAUUCUGUGGAUUGAUUUCCUCAUCAAGAUUGGAGUGGAUGCCGAGGUUUGCCAUGUCAGAGCUGUGGGUGCGAAAAAAUUAAAACCUGCUGCCAGUACCACCUGAGAGAUUUGAACCUGCUGCCAGUACCACCCAAGAGAUUUGAACCUGCUACCAGUACCACCUGAGAGAUUUGAAACUGCUGCCAGUACCACCCAAGAGAUUUGAACCUGGUGUUCAGUACAUUUAACAAACUGAAGAAACUCUUAACUAACUCCAUUUCAUCUGAGUUUUAUUCUGGUGUCCUGCAUUUCACAAGAUUGUGCAUCAGUUUUAACUAGCCAGGGGAUCUAACUCCGUGAGUGGAGUUAGUCAGAAGAGUGCUUGCUUCAGAUGCUUGGGUCUUAGGAUCAAACCCCCUUGGCAGACCCACUUUUUUUUCUAUCCAUUCCAACCAGUGCCUCAUGACUGGGAAAUCAAAGGAUGCAGUGUAUGCUGUCCUGCCAGGGAAAGUGCAUAUGAAAUAUCUCUUGUUCCAAUGGACAAAUUGUCGGAGGUAUUCUUCUGAGGACUGUCGGAAUUAACAAAUGUUUGACAUUCAAUAACUGGCCCUAAACUUUUUUUCAACUUUCACUAAUUGAAUAUCACCUGACAGGAUUUUUACCUGCUGUCUAAUAUUUUAAAACACUGAAUUGGUUUUUGCUAAUUUAGUACCACUUGUGUUGAUGUUAUCAUUUCUGCUAUACUUUGGUUUUUAAGACCGGGAUGAUCGGUAUUUUAUUAAGACGGGUAAUCCCAAACUGAAAGACAAGAGGUCUUUAUAUAGUUUUUUUGUCUCCAUCUGUCUGUCUGUAUGUCUGUUCAUCCUUCUGUCCCACAUAAAGUUUGACUUUUACCUGCAUUUGCUCAUUUUUGAGUUAUGGCCCUUGAACUUAGGAGAUAUGAAAAUUUGUUGUGCCUGGUAGUUGACAUGUAUUGGAUUAGCAGUACUCUCAGAAUGCUUGUUCAUGUUUUAUAUUGAUAUUACAAAAUGGGCAAUUUUCUAUAUGCAUGUAUGAUUUUAUUAAAUAUAUAUUAGUAGCAUAUACAUAUACAUAUAACAUACAUGCAUUGUAGUUUGUUUAUAAUCAGUGAAUUAUAAUCUGACAGUUUCAAACAAAAAAAUAUAUUUAACAAAAUGAAACGGGGCAUUUAAUAAUUGUAUUCAUGUAUAAUGUUAUUAACAUAAUAAAGUGACAUUUUAAAAGUCUAUAUAUGUGUGUAUACAAUGUAGUUGAUUAUGUAACAUUAAGUGAAUUAUCUGAAAAUGUUAGUAAACAUAUAUUGACCUGAAGGAAAAGGGGCAUUUAUUCAUGCAUGAUAUUAUUGACAUAAAAAGGAGCAUUAAACAUGAUCUGAUAUUAUUAAAUAUAGUGCGUAUAUUUACAUGUACAUACACAUGUAGCAUAUAUUUUAUUGUAUUAGUCUACAAUAAACAUGGUCUGUAAUACAUUUUUCAUAAAUAUCGUAUUUUCCCAAGGUAUCUUUAUGACAUGGGUCAUGAUAAUAAAUUGAAAACUGUUA